AAUUUCUACCUAUUUAUUACACGAAAGCAACAAAUUAUCCCACCGCAUAAAUGUUGUACUAUAUAAAUAAAUAAAUAAAUAAAACGCGUCUUUACCAUAGCGAGUUUAAUUUAGCAGUGUCACACACUGCAUAUAGUGAGUGGAGGAAGAAAAAGAAACACCGACUCAGUGAGUUGUGAAAGGGUUUAGAGAAAAACCAAAAAAUUAAAAAAGAUUGAAUGAAAUGGUGCAACAAAUGAGUGAAACAACAACACCUUCAACCCCAGGAAAAUUGAAACCAGAUAAACCACAUCACCACAUUCAUAACCGAUUUAGAAUCCAUUCUUCACAUUCACGUCUUACACUCUUUUCAUCUUUAUUCCUUGCUUUUAUUCUUCUCCUUUUCUUUUUCACCUUCACUCCUCCACCUCCUCCGCCCUCAACCACCGCACCCCGCCGUGUCCUCGGUGAUUCCUGGGGCGGUUCUCACUGGGAACAUCUUGUCUCUAAAUCAGCUCGUCGGAGCUCCGCCUCAGGUCACACCGUCCUAGUCACCGGCGCCGCUGGAUUCGUCGGAACUCACGUCUCCCUCGCUUUAAAACGCCGCGGCGACGGUGUACUCGGUUUAGAUAACUUCAACCGAUACUAUGACCCUAACCUAAAACACGCUCGUCAGAAGCUUCUAGAACGCGCCGGAGUUUUCGUCGUUGAAGGUGACAUCAACGACGGUCCUCUCCUAAAGAAGCUUUUCGAUGUUGUUCCGUUUACUCACGUGAUGCAUCUCGCUGCACAAGCCGGUGUUCGUUACGCUAUGCAAAACCCUAUUUCAUAUGUUCAUAGCAACAUCGCUGGUUUCGUGAAUCUUCUAGAAGCUUGUAAGUCUGCAAAUCCUCAACCUGCAAUUGUUUGGGCUUCGUCGAGUUCCGUUUACGGUCUUAAUUCGAAAGUUCCGUUUUCGGAGAAAGAUCGAACGGACCAACCGGCGAGUCUUUACGCGGCGACGAAGAAAGCCGGAGAAGAAAUUGCUCAUAGUUAUAAUCAUAUUUACGGUCUUUCGAUCACCGCGUUGCGAUUUUUUACUGUUUAUGGACCUUAUGGUAGACCUGACAUGGCUUAUUUUUUCUUCACAAAGGAUAUUUUGAAAGGGAAGCAAAUAACAGUGUUUGAAUCACCAGAUGGUGGAACUGUGGCUAGAGAUUUUACUUACAUUGAUGAUAUUGUUAAGGGUUGUUUAGGUGCUUUGGAUACUGCAAAGAAGAGUACUGGUAGUGGUGGGAAGAAGAAGGGUAAUGCUCAAUUUAGGGUUUUCAAUUUGGGGAAUACUUCACCUGUUCCUGUGAGUGAGCUUGUUGCUAUAUUGGAGAAGCUUUUGAAGGUUAAGGCUAAGAAGAAGAUUCUUUUUAUGCCAAGAAAUGGUGAUGUCAAGUUUACUCAUGCUAAUAUUAGUUUGGCUUAUAGAGAUCUUGGUUAUAGACCUACCAUUGAUUUGGAAACAGGUUUGAAGAAGUUUGUGAAAUGGUAUCUUGAGUUUUAUCCUUCUGGGUCUAACAAGAAAGGAUCUUGGUGAUUCUUUUGAUGCAUUUGUCAUUUGGGACAUUUUAGUUUUUCUUUUGUUAUUUGUAAUUUUGCUUUGUUUUCGUUUCUCGUUUGUGUGCCUGCCUUGUAGGUUAGUCCAUGUACAUUCUUCAUUUCUGAUUUGAGAGAUCGAAUUGAUAUGAUACUACUAAUUUAUGCUUCAUGUUAUCUUUUCUUCUAAUGUGUUUUUUGAA